GUAGGAGACCACUACCAGCACUGCAGCCUUUUCGCGAAGUUCUUCGCGAGCUGGAUCAUCCCACAGGCCCUUGCGGACAAGCACCUCCAGGAGGAGAUGGUCAGGACGUUGAAGAACUGGGUCAUCGUGCGGCCGGGCGGGCUCAUCGACGGCGAGGGCAAAGGGCACUGGCAUGCCGCAGAAGACGCCUGCGGCGCCUACCCCACCAUCCCACGCGCGGAUGUGGCCGACUUCGUGGUGAAGGAGUGCCUGCCGCCCAGUGACCAGUGGCUCCGACGAAACGUGGCGCUGGUCACGAAGAAGCCGAGCCGUGCGCGGCAGUGCUUCUCAAAGGCAGCCACCGACCCCCAGUGA